UCUUCCAAAUUGAGCGAGACUUAAAUGGGAGCCAUAAUACAAGCAAAUCACUCCUAAAAAGGAUAUGAAUUAUUUGGGGUCAAUCACUCACACUCAACGCCAACCAAAACCCAGUAAUCAGGCAUUAAUGCCCUGCUUGCUGUCAUCCAAGCGCCCUGCCAUCCAGCGGAUCUGGUUCCAGGGACGCGUCACCUUGGCUCCAUAUAUAGUCAUGUCAUGGUCGAUGCAAAAAGUCUGCACCAAAUUAUCCUCGACACCGGCCACCACCAACCCGCCGCUGAUCAAGGGUUCGCCGUGGGUGCCUCCGCCGCUGCUAUGCCUAUGAGUGGGCCUCCGCUGCCGCCGCCGUUAGGUCUUAGGCUCGACGGUGCUCAGGAAAUGGCCACCAACAAGCGGAAGCGCGACCAACAAUCGUCGAUGCUUGGUGCCGCCCAAGCGCAACAACAACCGAUCGUUGUCGAUCACAACCUGCGCAAUCAUGCGGAAAAGAUGUGUACUACUUCAAGGGAGCAGAGGCAGAGGCACAUCAGUAUGAUGAUAUCCACCGUGGUGGCCAAGGCGAGGAAGCAGCUCGAGGCCAAGGACCAGGAGAUCGAGUGGAUCAGGAGCAUGAAUUGGGCACUCAAGGAGCGCAUCAGGAACCUCCACAUGGAGGCUCAGGCGUGGCGCAACGUCGCGCAGUCCAGUGAGACCGUGGCCAAUGUUCUCCGCACCGACCUUCAGCAGGUGCUCGAGCAGCAAGCGGUUCGUGGCAGUGGCAGCGACGGCGGUGAGGGCGCCGCCGGACCAUGUUGGGGGGAGAAGCAUGUGGCUUUUUGCAGGGAGGAGCAUGAGGAGGAGGGUGAGACACCGGCAGUGGAGCCCCGAGUGACAGAAGUCGAAAUGUGCAAGGGGUGCGGGCAGAGAGCCCCCGUUGUGCUGUUGCUGCCGUGUCGACACCUCUGUGUGUGUGCGCCGUGCGCAGAAGCGGCACGGGUAUGCCCAUCGUGCAUGUGCGUCAAGACUGGCUGUACCAGCGUCAACUUCUCGUGAUGCGAGGAAGAAAUUGUUUUGGAAGGUAGCCACCGUGGGCCCGCCCCACCGCAUCAAGCCGUUGCUGACAAAACGCACAUGGUGCAUUGCGUUGCACUAUCAAUGAGACAUCGAACGUUCAUUCGCCAUUAUUUUUCUAGUUUUAGAGUCAACAUUUCCUUUCCUUCUAAGACUUUUUACAGUCCAAUGAUGUCAACAUGAGAGGAUGAGUUCCCCUUCUUUUAUUCUGUUUAGAUUUUUUUCUCGAGAUGUUGGACAAAUUGUUCAACACAAGAAGAGAAAUUGUUUGUACUAUUGCAUUUAAUACAUAUAUUCGAAAUUAAGAAAAA